AAUUUCAUUUCUUUUUUCAACGCUGCCGUUUCAGCACUGUAAUACAGCAAAAAUGUAAAACUGGCUUUGAUCUAAACUGUUUGUUCAAUUUUUACAUUGGAGCAACAGAGAAAUUUUGAAAAUCAGAAUGGAGAAGAUAGAGGAGGCAGUGGAGAAGGUAAAGAAAGAAUGGGAAGAAGCAUAUUCUAAAAUGAAAGAUCACAUAAAAGCAAUUGAGGGCUAUGGCAAAUCAACCAGAUUAAAAGGAGUAGCCUCACAGGAGGAGACUGUUAAUUCCCUUCCAAGAUUGAAUGGGUUAGCACAAGAUGGUUUAGCUGUACUCCAAUCUUUACAAUUUAAACUCGAUCUUCUUGCCCCUCAGUUACCCACUCAUGAGGAUGUUAAUUCUGCUCAAUCCUUGCUCGAAUCCUGGAAAACCCAAUUCCAAAAUUUGCGGUUGAGUUUGAGAAAUGCUAAUUUGCAAGCUAAGGCUAACAUGAGGAAAGCUGCUCAAGAACAGAGAGAACUUCUUCUGGGUGGUGGAGAAGAGUCCACAAUUCGCAGACGUAAUUUGCAGACAAAGGCUGGGAUGACAUCUGCUGCAGAAAGCAUCACAGAGAGCCUGCGCCGUAGUCGUCAGCUAAUGGUUCAGGAGGUGGAAAGAAGUGCUAGCUCACUUGUGACUUUUGAGGAAUCAACAGGAGUAUUGAGGAAGGCUGAAAGUGAAUAUAAGGGUCACCGCUCAUUGUUGACGCGGACCCGAAAUUUGCUCUCCACAAUGCAACGUCAGGAUGUACUUGACAGGAUGAUACUUGCGGUGGGAUUUUUCUUGUUCUCUUGUGCUGUUUUAUAUGUGGUCUCAAAACGCAUUGGGCUGCUCAAAUUACAGAGACAAGUUACUGCUAUCCUAAAGGCUGGUAUGGCUGGACAAGGUAAGAUCAUACCACAGGGUGUUGGAGAUGGUGUUGGUUUCGCUCAGGUCUAUGACAAUGCAGUUCCCCAGGUGGAAAUACCUUUGGAACAGAAUAUGCAUGAUGAACUAUAAGAUUAUAAUUUGUUCUUAAAAGAAAAAAGUUGGUGUCCUUUGUUAGGUCAAGAAAUAUGCCAUGCGCUAGUCUCUAUUUGUUCUCAUGUUCUUAUAUCUUUUCUAAUGCUAUUCUUUUUUCUGAUUAA